AUUAAGCGGAGUAAUACACAACCUUAACACGUCAACAUAUCAACCACAAUCCUCCUAUACCCUUUCGAAUCCCAUAUUCCCAAAAUCCCUUAUAUAUCAACCACAAAGGCUGAACAAUGCGCCUUAUCAGAUCCAUCUCGCUGAGUCUGAACGUCUCCUCCACAUCCAUCUUCCAAACAAUGAAACCAAGCCGUUUCAGCGCUGCCAUCUCCAACCCCUACACGGUUGCCAAAAUCCUCCAAAAAGUGGCUUUGCGCGACACCUACGGCUCCGAUCUCGCUAUCCUCGAUAUUUUCCCAAACAACGGAUUGUUUUCCGGCUUGGUCAACGAGCACCUCAAACCGCACCAGCAUGUGGUGAUGGGGAGCGAAGCAGACUUCCACGGGGAUUUCUACGCAAAAAUAAACGCUGCUAUGCACACAAAUCUCCAGAAAGCGGUCAAGGACCCGCGCCACUGGGAAAGCUACAGCGAAAUGAUAGCGGAGGGAUACCUUACCCCGCGGAAGGCAGCGCGCACGAACCUCCACCCGGCAUUUCUCAUCAGCGCAAACAUCACCAACCCCAAGUACGCCGAAAAGACGUUGAUGCGCUGGCUUGGGUGCAUUGGCAACCGGAACUGGCUCCAGAAGUACGGCCGCGCGCGCAUGUUGGUGUGGACCAAUGCCGCGACUGCGUCCAAGUUGCUUGCACCCGCGGGUUCGCCGAAACGCGGCCGGCUCGCGAUUUUCGGUGAGCAGUUCACCGAUACCACACUUGUUGCCACCACAGCCCCCAAGAGCUCGGAAACGUGGUCUGCUGCGGACUUGGCACGCUACGACCCAAUUCUCCUCGAGCCUGAAACCGACUACAAGGUGCACAGCAUGACGCAGGAGAUUAGUCUUCUUGACAUCAAGCCAUGCAACCACGCUCUCGAUCUAGACAGUUUUGAAUAUGUUGUGAAGCAGUUGAUGAUGCUCCGAAAUGUCCGUUUGGAAACAGCGUUGAUGGUGUUGGGCGCGGGGAGCAAGGAGUACUUCUCGGAGCAACUCUCGGGGGUGUUGCAGAGGAAACCACGAGAGUUGACGGCCGACGAAUGGGUGUUGGUUUCGAAAACUUUUUCCAUGUGGCCGUUCAAGCCGGAGUUUUUGUUCGACCAUCCGGUGGAGAAUGAGGAGGUUGAGGCUGUAGAUUUGUUGUUUGGGAUGUUCAGUAGGGCAUAACGCCCGAGACUGAAGUCCCGGAGGGAUGUUGUAUAAAAGCGGAAUUAGCUUGGGCUUGCUAUUUCAACGAAGCUUGACAAAGUUGGUUGAGUUUCUCUGGGGUAGUCCGAAGCAUAGGUAGAGCGUAGCUGGAAUACUGGAUCUGCUGCACGUUUUCUGUUUGAAUUUUAGCAUAUAUUCUGUUUACGAACUUUGUUACACAUGGUAAACAGAUAAUUAAGACUGGGUUGUAGCCUGG